AUGCGCGGCGGCAGACUACGUCCGAACUCGCAGCACGGCGCCUCGCCGCAUAUGCGCCCAACCGGCCCGGCAGAAAGGAAGAUCUUCAACUGCAUCGUCGACGACAGCGCGCUGGUGGCGGGCGUGAAGAAGAGCACGAGGAAUGGUAUUCGGCAGUGGGUAAAUAAUGGGCAGAUCAGGCUCUUUGUGCCGCUUCACGCACUGGAACAGCUAAGCAAGCAGAAGGGCGCCCAGAACAGACACGGCGAGGAUGUGUGCGAGACGCUGCGCUGGCUGGACGAUGCGACCUCGAGGCAGGCGAACCUGAUCGCACUGCAAGGCGCAGAAGACUGGUUUGAGAAGUGGUCGGAUGUCGAGAAGUUUGCGGUGCCUCGGACUCUCUUCUCAGAGACGGACGCACUCGACGACUUCGAACAAGAGCCGGAAGCAGAGGUUGACACAGCCGCGGAUGAGGAUAUGAGCAAGUUGACUCUGGCGGAUGUCACGCGCAAGACACCGGCAAGCUCAAUGGCAUCCAAUGGCAGCCGCUCACUCUCACCCUCCUCGAUGCUCUCCCAGCGCUCCAGCAUCAGCGCAGACUCGCCACCCACAAGUCCCGCCAAGCCCCUCUCUUCCCCGGUGAAGCCUGCGUCCGCAGUGAUCGAACCAAGCGGUGCAACCAGCGAUACGGUGCCGCAGCGUCUUCAGCCACUGUUCAACUACAUCCUCUGGCGCAUCCACCAAGAGGAGAACCCAGUCGCCGCGCUCGAGUCGUUCAUCUUCCUCUGCAAUGAUCCCAGCAAGGUCAACUAUGCGAAAGGCUUUGAGAUAAAGACUAAGCGCCUCGAGCAGUUGCGUGAUGCGAUCAGCAGGGAGGACCGAGACUUCAAGAACAGGCAGAUGGUGCUGCAGCGCGAGAACCCCACUCAGACGGCGACGAACGGACAGAACAAGGGCUACGGAAACCAAGCUACCUCUCCCAACAGGUCGCCACCAAAGGCACCAGCCGCCAUGAUGCCGAAGCAACAGCCACAGCAGAACGUGAUCGACCCAGAUGUCUUCGGUCGUCGCAACUCGGCCACCAUGCAGACGACGAACACGAACAUACCCAAGGUUGCGCCGCACUCGCCUCGCCCAAACUACCUCCCCGGCCAAGUCGCUUCCCAAUUUGCGCCUCGUGGAAAUGUGCGCGGCAACUUCCGCGGCGGUCCUCGUGGUCGUGGGAACUUUGCUGGACCAGGACGCGGUGGCUUCGCGCCUCAAGCACGUAUGGAGCCAGCCAUGCCCAGUCAGAUCGACCCGAACUCAUUCAUUCGCCCACGAGGCAGUGGGUACACCGGCAGAGGUGGACGCAAGCUGUGGGUUCCGACUUGA